AACUUGUCGUUUUAGAACGCAUUUAAAAACUUAACGUGAUCCUGUGCGCGUACACUUUGUAUUUAUCAGUGUUUUUUCUUGGUUUUAAAUUUUAUUCCUCACAAAUCGAAAAUGUCUGAAGCAGAGAACACUCCCCAACUUAGCGAGGAAACCGCAACUGUUCCGGCCACAUGCAUGGAAUCGGUGAACCGAUUUGCCAGAUUGCCUGUUGUUGAAUCGACCAUUCAAACAGCCCACAAUAUUUACGAAAAAGUCAAAGAUUUCAACAGUGUCACGAACUGGACUCUACAAACAGCUGAAAAUACCGCUUUCAAGGCUGUCGAUAUUGCCAAGCCUUACGCUACUCCAGUUAUAAAAAACUUUGAAGGCCCCAUAAAGAAAGUGGAUGAUGCCUUGUGCUCUGGAUUAGACUAUGUGGAAACCAGAGUGCCCGCUGUGAAGCUUCCACCCAGAGAACUCAUUAUGCAGAUCUACAACAGCACGAAGGAUUUGGUGUCGCCCGCAGUCGAGUCUGCUAAACACUUUGUAGAACCCGCAGUGAAAACAGCACGAGAUGUUAUCGAACCUGCUGUGAACAAAACCCGAAGCAUUGUAGAACCAAUUGUGGAACCCAUUGUUGAAAAUGUGAAGCAUAGGGUUGAUGAAUACAUGCACAGAAACCAAGAUGCUCCAGAAGGUCAAGAGAGUCAACCUGAAACUGAGCAGCCGGAACAAUCUUCACCUUGCAAGCAUUGAAUUUCUAUGGAAGGGUGCAAAGCUACAAGAUUACCUAGUUUAAGUUUUUUUUUAAUUUAAUGUUAGCAAUUAUUAUUUAUUAGGCGCUGUUUUAAUCGGCUGGUUUUACUGUAUUGAAAUUUGGUGUUCUUUUAAAUUCCUACUCUCAUUGUUCUUUAACAACCACAAAGUAUGUUCAUUAUUCAUUUAGAUAAGUCAUUAAUACGAGUAGAUGGAUGUUGGAUCCAAGACUGUCUAGAAUAGGUGGAAAAUGUGAUAAAUGUGGCCAAUAAUUUGUUUAGGAAAAUUACAAUUCGACAUUUGCGAAUUCUUUUUGUCACAUUUAUUUUUUUGCAAUCUUUAUAAUAAAUAUUUUAUAUCAUU